AUGUCAAAAGGCAAUAGUUUGUUCUUCUACAAUCCAUUCACAAAGGCAGUCAUCAAGCUUCCAGACUUGCCACGUCAAGAUUUUGGUUAUUCGUACCGAGGUAUCGCUUUCUCAUCUCUGCCGACCUGUUCGGAUUGCGUUGUUUUUGCCAUCAGGACAUACGUGCUUGAUAAAGUUCAUAUUAGUUCCAUUAAACGAGGAAAAGGAAAGUGGACAAUUAAAAUCCUUGAUAAUGUUUAUUUACGUCCCAAUAGAACAAACAUGAGAUUUGAGCCGAGUUUCAACAGUCCGAUAUUCUACGACGGAGCUUUCUAUUGCUUGGAUCUGAACGGGACACUUGGAGUUUUUACAUUAGAGAAUAAUGGCACAAAGUGGGAAGUUUUAUCCAUGGUACCCCAGCCUAAUUGCCAUUCUAUAUAUUCGAGUUACUUGGUGGAGUUGGAAGGAGAACUUUUAUCUAUUCUUUUAGGCCAUUCCGGAGAAUGGGUUCGGUGCUUUAGAUUGGAUUUGGCUGAAACGAUUUGGAGUGAAGUUGAACAUUUGGGACGGCAAGCGUUGUUUAUCAGCAAUACAUCGUGUACCGCUGCAAUUGCCCGACUAGUGAAAUGGAGAACAAAAUUAAUAGAAGAUACUCUACCUUAUUUACGGUCACAGGAUAUUCUCCUUAAUUGA